AUUUACCUUUGCAUUCACAUAAUUACAUCCAAGACCUGAUUGAUGCGAAACCGGCAAUAUAAUAUCUGUAUCUUGCAUCCUCAAAACGGAUUGGAAAUACAGGUAGAUAUGCGUUGGUGUAAGUGGUGGCCUUUCGCAACUACAAUAGGUACCUCCCAACUCUCCUUUUUGGACGCCUCCCUUAACGAUAAGAUAAAGGCUUAUCGAUAACACCUAUCGUUCGACUUCCCUUGGGGAAUUUUUAUCGCGUGCCGACCGGUCGGGGAUAGCUUCAGAAUGUUCUUGACUCAAAACCGACAGCAUCAGGACUGCACAAUUCGUAUGGAUGGGUGGUAGAUUCAAGCUUCCAUCGGAACUAGGUCUCAUGCGAUCAUGUCUCCGCUCAUCUUCGUUCCGUACGACGACAUAUAGUAGUAUCGGCACCUUCAAGCCAAGAUGGCCCUCUUCUCAAUUCGCGCGGAGGGCCGGAGCCCUGCCGGGGACAACCGCUCGAUCCUGGAUACUAAACGUCCCGCGGCGAUAUAGCAGCACGAAGGCCGUAGUAGCUAGUGAUCUAGAGCGUCGCAUCGCGGCUAUCCCCAUAGAACGCUUUCGUAACUUUUGUAUCGUCGCUCAUAUCGAUCACGGGAAAUCCACCCUGUCGGACCGUCUACUCGAGAUCACCGGCACCAUAUCGUCUUCCAAUACCAAUCGCCAGAUUCUCGAUACUCUAGAAGUCGAGCGCGAGAGGGGUAUCACCGUCAAAGCUCAAACUUGUACCAUGAUCUAUAACCAUAAUGGUGUCGACUAUCUGCUGCAUCUCGUCGACACGCCCGGUCACGUGGACUUCCGCGCCGAGGUUACGAGGUCGUACGCGAGCUGCGGAGGCGCUAUCUUGCUUGUCGACGCGAGCCAGGGAGUGCAAGCCCAGACGGUUGCCAACUUUUACCUCGCCUUUGCGGAAGGACUCAAGAUUUUACCGGUCAUCAAUAAAAUCGAUAUGACGGCAGCCGACGUGCCGAGAGUCUUAGAGCAGCUAGAGUCUACUUUCGAGCUCGAUUCUAGCAAGGCUAUAGGAGUGAGCGCAAAGACCGGUCUCAACGUCAAAGAUAUCUUACCGGCCGUAGUUGAAAAUAUCCCAGCGCCCACCGGCGACGAGUCUAAGCCUUUGAGGAUGCUGCUCGUGGACUCGUGGUACGACAGCUUCCGGGGAGUUAUAUGUUUGGUCAGGCUCUUUGACGGAACCGCGAGGGCGGGAGACAGCAUCGUGAGCUUCGCGACGGGAAAUAGAUACACCAUCGGCGAGGUCGGUAUUCGAUAUCCCACUCAAGUUCCCCAGACGGUCCUGCGCGCAGGCCAGGUUGGUUACGUGUUCUUUAAUCCCGGUAUGAAGAAGAUCCAGGAUGCGAAGAUUGGGGAUACCUUCACCACCGUGGGCUCCGAGGAUAUUGUCGAGCCUUAUCCUGGCUUUGAAGAGCCUAAACCGAUGGUUUUCGUCGCUGCUUUCCCCACGGAUCCCGCCGAUUAUAGCCGCCUCUCGGACAGCAUCAACCAGCUCGUGCUGAACGAUCGUAGCGUUACCUUGUUUAAAGACCACUCCGAGGCGUUAGGAGCGGGUUGGCGCAUAGGCUUCCUCGGUAGCUUGCACUGCUCCGUUUUCCAGGACAGACUUCGUCAAGAGCACGGCGCGAGCAUCAUCAUCACGGAACCCGCCGUCCAGACAAAAGUUAGGUGGCGCGACGGAACCGAGUCGGUCCUGCAGAGCCCAACAGACUUUCCUGAUCAAGAUGACUCGCGCACCCGAGGCGCCACCUAUUACGAGCCUUACGUGCUAGCUACGUUGACGGUGCCGGAAGAGUUCCUAGGUCGCGCUAUCGAGCUGUGCGAAGCCAACCGCGGCGAGCAGGAGAGCAUCGAGUUCUUCCACGGCAUGCAGGUCAUCCUCAAGUACCGCAUCCCCACGGCACAGCUCGUAGACGACCUGUUCGGCAAGCUCAAGGGCGCUACAAAAGGAUACGCGACGCUGGACUACGAGGACGCCGGGUGGCGCGAGAGCAAGCUCGUGAAGCUGCAGCUCUUGGUCAACAAGCAGCCGGUGGACGCCAUCUCGCGGGUGGUGCAUCUAUCUCAAGUGGAGCGGCUAGGAAGGCAGUGGGUGACCAAGUUCAAGGAGCACGUUCAGCGGCAGAUGUUCGAGGUCGUGAUACAGGCGGCGGUGGGAAAGAAGAUCAUCGCGAGAGAGACGCUGAAGCCGUUCCGUAAGGACGUGCUCGCCAAGCUGCACGCUAGCGAUAUAAGCCGUCGCAGGAAGCUGUUGGAGAAGCAGAAGGAAGGUCGCAAGAGGCUGCGCGCCGUGGGUAAUGUUGUGAUUGAGCAGGAAGCGUUUCAAAGGUUUUUAGCCAAGUAGUUAUGUGUAUUAUACCAAUUAAUUCAACUGCAUUGAUGGUAUUUUUUCUUGGUCUCUUUUUUUUAAACUAUAUCCGUUAGAUCCCUCCGUCCACGAACUGGCAAUAUUUCAAAUAUUUUGACCUUAGAGGCGUUAGAGUCAAAAUGUGCCACAGGUGGUGUAAUAGCGUAAGUUAACACCCCCGCAAAAAAUGGCCUGGUGGGCGUAAAUAGGUGGAUAAUGGUAGACGAGGCUAUCUCCAACUGCAGAUACCACGUAUUGGGACCUCGCUCUGGCGUGGUAACCAGUCUGUGGG